AGCUUUGGCUGCAGCCUCGUCUGUACCGUUGGGGUCGAUGGGAAGGUGGUUUGAUUCUCUGUUGAAGCAUUAUGAGGACGAAUUUAUGGGGGAGAAGGAGGUCAUGAGCUCCAUGCAAGUUGGGACCUUUGUGGCCAUUAAAGAUUUGGAGAGUAUCAGAGUAAUGGUUGAUCAGCUGGUGAUUCAGAUCAGUUCCUUGCUUCACUGUGUGGAUUUUACUUCGGAAGAAGAAAACGCUGUGAGGUUUGGGGUUGAGGAGAUUAGAAGGAAGCUUGGAGUUUUCAUGAAGAGCAUUGAGGAUUUGGGGGAGCAGGCUGAUCGUUGUAGCAGGGAUAUAAGGAUGGCCAGGGCUGUGGUGUUGCAGAGAAUCAUUCGGUACCCGAAAGGAUGA